AUGUCGUCCCCCCCUGACAAGACAGACUCGCAUCUUCCCGAUCGCAAAUCACUCAACUCACUCUCAUCAUCUGAGCCUCAUACUCCUUUUGACUCGAAUCUUGGGCAAUCUUCACAAGGCGAGAAAUCUCAGUCAUAUCCAGAAACUCAACAAGAACCCUCAAAUAGCUCCCGAGUUGAAUCUCCUGGCCCCCAACACCCAGCCCUUGAUAAGGAGGCUUUGGACAACUACAAGCCAAAGACGCUCAAGUUUUGGCUCAUUAUCCUCUCUGUACUUGCUUCCAUGUUUCUCAUCGCCCUCGAUCGUACCAUCAUUGCUACUGCCAUCCCCCAAAUCACAAACGACUUCCAGAGCCUCGGCGACAUUGGUUGGUAUGGCUCUGCGUAUAUGCUCACCACGGCUGCCUUUCAGCUCAUCUUCGGUCGUAUAUACCGCUUCUACGACUUGCGAAAGACAUUUCUUACCUGUAUUUUGCUUUUCGAGAUCGGUUCUACUAUUUGUGGUGCUGCUCCCAACUCUGUCGCCUUCAUAGUAGGACGGGCAAUUGCUGGUAUAGGUUCAGCUGGAAUCAUGACUGGCUCAAUGAUGGCUAUAAUCCCUAUGGUUCCGCUACAUAAACGACCUAUUUUUCAAUCGAUGUUUGGCAUGGUAUUUGGCAUAUCAUCGGUUGUUGGUCCCCUCCUCGGCGGAGUCUUCACCCAGCAUGCCACUUGGAGAUGGUGCUUCUAUAUGAACCUCCCUAUCGGAGCUGCUGCCUCCGUCUUCUUGUUCUUCUUCCUUAAGGUCUCGGAGAAGAAGCAUGAAUCUGUUCCUGCUCUCGAGCAUAUCACUCGCCUCGACCCGCUCGGUACAUUCUUCUUCGUUCCAUCCAUGGUCUGUCUUAUCCUCGCGCUUCAAUGGGGUGGCUCGACCUACUCUUGGGGGAGUUGGCGAAUUAUACUUCUCCUCGUGAUCUUUGGGCUCACACUCAUUGCAUUUGCCAUAGUCCAGGUCAAAAUGCCCAAGACUGCGACUAUCCCUGUCAAGGUCAUCACUCAACGGACUAUGUUGGCAUGCGCAUGGUAUACAUUCUUUGCUGGCGGUGGCAUGAUGCUUGUCGUUUACUAUAUCCCCCUGUGGUUCCAAACUACCAAGGGUGUCAGCCCAGUGGACUCUGGCAUCUACACCAUCCCUCUUGUCCUGAGUCUUGUGGUUGCUAGUAUUCUCUCUGCUGCUGCUACCCAGCGCAUUGGCUAUUAUGUCCCUACCAUGAUAAUAUGCCCAUGUGUCCUGGCUAUCGGCCAGGGACUCUUGACCACUUUUAAGCCAGACACGGGCUCGUCGCAUUGGAUUGCCUACCAAUUUCUGGUUGGUUUUGGCCUCGGUCUUGGAAUGCAGGCCUCUGGCCUCGCUGUCCAAACAACACUUCCCAAGGAGGACGUUCCUAUCGGUGUCUCUAUCACCUUCUUUGCUCAGCAGCUCGGUGGUUCCAUCUUCGUUUCUGUCGGGCAAAGUAUUCUCAAUGGACGUUUGAUGGAGCGUCUGUCUGGUAUCCCAGGCCUUGACCCUCAGACCGUUGUCGACACUGGUGCUACAGAUAUGCAUAAGGUGGUGCCAUCAGAGUAUAUGCCCAGGGUCACAGGUGCCUAUAACUAUGCCAUUACACGAAUAUUCUUCGUCAGCCUGGCCCUAGCCCUGGUCCAGCUCAUGUGCGCUCUGUGUGUGGAAUGGAGGAGCAUCAAGCCCAAGACUGAGUCGUCACCAGAGGCUGGCAACACCCAUACGGAGCAGAAGUCGGAGGGUUCAUGA